AUGUCCACCCUACCAACGCUAGUGUUCAUACCUGGCUCCUGGCAUAAGCCUACAUGCUACAAUGAGGUUAUCAAGCUCCUCCAAAGCCAGCAUAAGUUGAAAUGCAUCUCGAUAACUCUGCCUUCGACGGCGGGAAACCCAGCCGCAACCUUCAAGGAUGAUCUCGAUGCUGCACGCGAGGUUAUUUUGACAGAGACAAUCCAUGGACGCAAUGUUGUAAUCGUUGCGCACUCGUAUGGCGGCAUGGUUGGCAAUAGUGCUAUCAAGGGUCUCACAAAGCCCCAAGACAUCGCAGAAAGCCAAACUCAAACCACAACAAUGGGCUAUGUGAUUGGUUUAAUCCUCAUAGCCUCCGGGUUUACUCUGACUGGGCUUUCCUUUAUGGAUCCUUUUUUCGGCCAUCCUCCUCCUUCCUGGCGGGUCAAUAACGAGACCGGAUAUGCCGAACUUGUCGUUCCUCCACGUGGGCUUUUCUAUCACGACUUGCCAGCAGACGAGGCGGAAUUCUGGGUUUCGCAACUUACUACCCAGAGCCUCAAAGCAUUAUUCGAAGGGGGAAAAUACACAUAUGCCGGCUGGAAAGAUGUACCUGUCUGGUAUGUUGGCACCACCGAGGAUAGGGGCUUGCCUGUGAUAGUACAACGCAUACAGGUGGGCAUGGCAAAGGAAAUGGGUGGUAGUGUGGAGCAUCGGGAGCUUCAGACAAGCCAUUCUCCCUUUCUGAGUCAACCAGAAAUGACAGUGAGGAUCAUGUUGGAGGCUAUUCACGCGUUUACGGGGAAGCUAGGGGGAGACUUAUCUACGAAUAAUCGUGGCAAUGCGAUAGUAGCGCCGAAGGCCACAAUCUUACAGCCUUCUACAUGGUUUAGAUUUGGCAUCCCACUGGUUCUUGGUCACACAGUGGGAAGAUGUAUACUCCUAUUCACAUGGUUAAGGGGUUUAUGGAGGUCUAGCAUGAAUUAG